CGCCGGACGAAUAGCCUAAACUUGAAAAAUCCUCAGCUUUUCAUUUCUACCCUCGAUUUCGUUGAAUUGCCAAGUGACUGAAUAUUUCGUGGUACGUGCUUUUUCGAUGGCAACACUGGACAAACGUUUCCUUCUGUUUUCAGCAUAACUUGUCUACGCGAACCACAUGAACAUUUCACGUUUCUCAUUUCAUCGUGUGUAUUUAAAAAAACCUAAGCUGUUAUCCUUGUUAGUCGGAAAAAAUUAGUGAAAACAUUAGUAUUUUGGUAAUUAAACUUGUGUUUACGUGUAAUCGAUGAAUUAUUUUGAAUUCGGAUUCGGCUGUUUCAUGGAUCGUAAUGUGAUUUGAACGAUUUGAAAAAAGUGCUAGCAAAUGGACUCAUCACCCGGUACAAAACUCCGUUUCUUCAGAGGAAUUACGUACGCAAUUUUAUGGUAUUUUAGUAUUUGGACUGGAUUUUUAUUUGUUUGCUGUCCGCUAUGGAUAUUUAUUCUACUCUUUCCAAAAAAAUUUCUACCCGUUAUGUCGGUGGCAUUCUCAAUUUGGGAAAUGUAUCCAGUAGCGCUGAUGAAUUUGAUAUUCGGUACGAAAAUCCGUAUCACAGGUGACCGUAUAAAUGCGAAAGAAAUUUCAGUCAUCAUCACCAACCAUCGGACCCGAAUAGACUGGAAUUUUAUGUGGGCUGCCAUGUAUUAUGCUUGCCAACCACAAACGCAUCGUUUAAAAAUCGCUUUGAAAGCUCCGCUUCGCCAUAUGCCGAGUUUAGGUUGGGUUAUGCAAGUUGCCAAUUGCAUAUAUUUGCAACGUAAAUGGGAAAAUGACCGGAUUACGAUGAAGAAACAAAUGGAAUUCUUUCAUGAUAUUGGACUAGAAUUUCAAAUUUUAUUAUUCCCUGAAGGAACAGACCUUACCAAAAACAGUUUGGACAAAAGUAACGAAUUCGCUAAAAAAAAUAAUUUGCCACCAUAUACUCAAGUACUCCAUCCUAGAACAACUGGUUUCACAUUUCUAGUUGACACGAUGAGAAGUAAAAAACUGAAUAUAAACGCGAUAUACGACGUAACAUUGGCAUAUUCAGGAUACAUGCCUCAAACUGAAACAGAUGUGAUCCGAGGAAACUUUCCGAAAACCGUCCAUUUUCAUAUAAAUAGAUAUCCUAUUGAGAGUUUGCCAAAAGAUCAAGAUGAUUUGAAGUCUUGGAUUAACGAACGAUGGAAAGAAAAAGAAAACAGACUGAUUGAAUUUCAUAAACACGACUGUUUCCCAUCGACUAGCUAUUACACCAGCGAGAUGGAUAAUUCUUUGUACUUAGCAUUUAUAGUUUGGACAGUCUUGGAGUUUUUAAUGUUUUACUUUUUUAUAACAUCUUCGUUUUUCUUUUGGUGGACUGUGCUUCAUACAGUAUUAUUUGUUGGCAUAUCUUAUGCCACCCUGGGUUUUCAAAAUUUAACUGUUUCGGUGUUCGAAUAUUUUCAUAAUACGAAGAAAUCUCAUUAACGUGCGAACAUUUUCAAUUUUUUUCUAUGAUGUUACCUACCUAAUUUUUUUUGUUUAAUUAUUUUGUUCUUCGCAUUACGCUCUCUCUCUUCUAUCUGUGAUGAUCUUUAUAAGGCUGUUGCAGUGCCUCUGUAGAUAAUACUUUUGGUAGAAAUAUCGAGUACCUAUGCCCUAUUGCUGAUUGUAAAAUUCUCUAACUCAACUAUUCCUACGGUUUUGAGUCAACAAAAAAUUAUUUUAAAAAAAUGUAAUUUAUGUAGGUAAAGGUAUAGUUACGCUUACCUUGAGUACUCGAUACUCGAUAGUUCUGAAAGGAGACUUCUGUACUUACGAAAAUUAUACAGUUGGUAAAGGUAAAGGUAAAGGUAAUCUAUUUGGAAAUGGAUUCAAUUUUUUCAUAAAUUACGUAGGUAGGUACCUACAAAGACAAUCUGAUCUGAGCCAACAUUAUGAACAUUAUUUUUCAUGAUAAUCUAGUCAUUUGUAUAUUAUUUUAUUUAAUAUUUUUGAUCGAUUUUUUCACACUUAUUAUGGACUAUUUCCUUUUUACAAAUACAAAGACAUUCCAAUAGGAAUUUCUUCAUGUUCUUACAUGAGGAUAAUUUUGAUAAUUUUUUCGCGAGAUUAAAGUGUUAAUUGAUUCAGAAACGAAUCAUUUAUUAUUGUAUGCGACAUUCAUUCUCAUUGUAUUAGUUAUACAGAAUGUACGAUAAUUUCUUCUCCUUUAUUGUGUGUUAUUUCAUUUAUUGUAUUGGAAUCAAAAACAUUUUUUCGUGAAUUUUAA